CUCCUGUCAGUCACCGCCGCCGUCGGUCUUUGUCAUCCUCUCUCACUCGCCUAAGCAUUAUUGGAGAAGAGAGAGAGAAGUAUGGAAGAUGGAGGGAGAAAAGCUCGAGAAGUGGUGGUUUCAGCUCUGCAAUUCGCUUGCUCCGACGAUGUCUCCGACAAUCUGGCCACUGCCGAACGGCUUGUUAGAGAGGCACACGCAAAGGGGGCGAAUAUCGCUCUUAUUCAGGAGCUUUUCGAGGGAUAUUACUUUUGUCAAGCUCAAAGAGAGGACUUCUUUCGACGAGCCAAGCCUUACAAGGACCAUCCCACAAUUGCAAGGAUGCAGACGCUUGCAAAGGAGUUGAGCAUGGUGAUACCAGUUAGCUUCUUCGAAAAAGCAAACAAUGCUUAUUUCAAUUCGAUAGCCGUAAUUGAUGCUGAUGGAACUGACCUGGGACUUUAUAGGAAGUCUCAUAUUCCCGAUGGACCUGGCUAUCAGGAGAAGUUUUACUUCAAUCCCGGGGACACUGGCUUCAAGGUCUUCCAGACGAAGUUUGCGAAAAUCGGAGUAGCUAUAUGCUGGGAUCAGUGGUUUCCCGAGGCAGCUCGAGCAAUGGUUCUUCAGGGUGCGGAAAUAUUGUUUUAUCCCACCGCCAUUGGUUCCGAGCCGCAAGACUCUGGCCUUGAUUCUCGUGAUCACUGGAAGAGAGUGAUGCAGGGGCAUGCUGGAGCUAACGUGGUGCCCUUAGUAGCUUCAAAUCGCGUAGGUAAAGAAACAAUUGAAACAGAGCACGGGCUCAGUCAGAUCACUUUCUACGGGAAUUCUUUCAUAGCAGGACCAACAGGCGAGAUUGUAGCCGAGGCCGAUGACAAAGAGGAAGCUGUUCUUGUGGCGCAAUUCGAUCUCGACAAGAUCAAGUACAAGAGGAGUAGUUGGGGAGUAUUCCGGGAUCGCCGUCCUGAUUUAUACAAGGUGCUUCUGACUUUGGACGGCAAUCUAUAGUUUCAUGCUGCUGUUUGCUAAAGUAUUGAGGUAAAAAAAAAACUAUGCCUCAGUCACUUUUGAAUAACUAUUGUUGUUUCAGCUUUAACAGUCCAAUAAUAAAGAACCCAUAACGGAUUUCCCUUGGUUUCCCA